CGAAAUUGAAAUGAACGUUUGAACUGUCUCUGCUGAUUGUUUGCUGCUGAGUCUUCAUGAGGAUCUUUUUUUAACUGUGUGAUCAAAGUCCCGACCCAUUAAUAGUUGAUAUUUGGUUUGGUCAGCUAAGAUGGGGGACCAUAUCGAGCCACAGAUCACCCCAGAGACUCCAGGCAGGCCUUCCAUUAGGAACCCCUUUGAAAGUCCCAAUGACUACCACCAUCUCCGGGAACCUCUGGUCCCAAGCCCCUCUGUCUUCAAAUCCAAGCCUUGUAAAGCUACUCCACCCAAGUUUAACUGGUCUAUCGAUGAAAUGGCAAGUUUCCUACCUGUACAUAUAGACCCAGAGGAAAUCCAACGACAGUCUUUUUACCUCAGCCAGACAAGGACGGAUUCUGACAUUGAGGAAAAACGUCAGAAUGCUAUUGAGCAGUUUUUUACCAAAGGAGCCAUUGUGCCUUCCCCCUGGGCAGCACCAGACAUCCGAAAAGCCCCUCAGAUGUAUAAGAAAAGUUCUAAGUCUGCAAUGAUUGCAGAGGAGCCUGAAAAAAUCUCAGUUGCUUGUCAGACAACCCUUUCGUUGCCUUUGGCUUUUGACUUGGAGAAAGUACUAGGGGAAUAUUACCGCUACGAGGAGCCGUGUGAUGCUAUGCAGGAGAGUCUUAGUUCCUCCUCCUUGAGACGAAAACUGUUCCUCGAUGGCCAGGGCAGUUACAGCGGCUCUGAUAGCUCGAGUCCACCAAGCCCAGACAGAAGCCAUGCUAGACGAGAGAGGAAAUUAAUCAACGGAGGAGAGGAAGCUGUAGAAGGGGUUGAAGGUUCUGAGGUUAUGUCACCUAUCUUUUCCUCCCCUUUGUCCUGUGGUGUGUCGGCUCCAACUCCCUCUACAGAUCAGUUCUCAUCCAGUCCCAUCCAGCACGGCUGUUUCCGGGACUGCAGCCUCGGCAGCAUCAGUAGUCCUAUGUUUCCUGAUAGAUCGUCUCCUGCUGGCCUCGUCUCACCCACAGUUUCUCCUAUUGUUGCACACGUAGCACACACGCCCAUAUCCUCAGCUGAGAGGAAGCAUCAAAGUAAUUUCACUCCGCCUGGUGUUCCCCUGGACAUAGAUGUAACAUCCUGCAAUGAGAGUCCGUUUGUUGAAGGUUGCUCUCCCAUUCGUAGCUGCUCCCCACACCAGCUCCAUUGCCACAAUGAGCCCCACCAUGUCUCCAGACCCAAGCCCAGACCCAGAGUCCGCUGCUGGGCUUCUCCUCCCCUCAUCUCCCCGAUCCUCAACUCUAAGCUCCAAGACAAUCACGAAGCAGAGGAACCACUUAUAUCUUCCUCAUCCUCCUCCUCUUCCCUUCCCCCUAUGGAUCUGGAUCCAUUGUCACCCCUGGUCAGGGAUGCCCACCCUGUUGAUGCUGAGAGAGUUACAUUGGAUCCUAUGGAACCUGUGAAAAUGGAGGAAGGAAAGGAUACAGGGAGAGAAGUGAGACUGGAAGAGGAGGAGGAGGAAGAGGAAGAAGGUGGAAGGCCUUCAGGACAGCUGACCAGCUCACGGAUGGGGAAUGUGUCGGCAGUAGAAAGCUCUCAGAUGUUUGUGUCUCUUCUGGCAGAGGGAAGCAGCAUACGCUACGAUUCUAGCAUGCAGGUGGACAGCGGCUACAACACUACCUCAGCGGGCACUGCCAGUCUUAUUGAUGGUCUCAGCUCAGACUGUCACAGCAAAGAAUCCUUCAGUUCCAACUUGGUGGAAGAAGCCUUCCAAGUCACCCGACACACUAAAGUAAAGGUAUUUUAUCCUCACCACUGAGCCAAUUGUUUUAUGCAUUUAAAGGGACACCUCAAGUGGAAGCUUAAGAUGGUUAUUUUACAAUCAAAUGCAACAAAGUUUACACUGUGUUUGAAGCAUUUAUGGCAAAGUCAUUUCUUUAGACCGAACAAGGCCAACUGUUAAAUGAAGUAUGAAUUGGAUUAAGGGUUUCACAUGUGGUUAUUAGUUCUUUGGAAGUUAAUGGUUCAAGUUACCUGGCUGAUGGUAAAUGCAUUUCUUCACUGUUCCAUCACAGGACAACAAAGGGAAGUCCAACCCAUAGACAUCAUUGCCCCACUGUAAGACACUGACAGCUGUAAUUUUGAGUCGACAGUGCUUUUUGAUUCACUAUACUGGUGUAAAAAAAGAGGGAGGAAAAAAUAUAAUUUCUGUACCAAAUCUGCACAACAACCUUCCUGAAUGCUGUAUUAAUGCAGUAUUUCAAUUAUAUUUGGUGCUGACAUGAAUAACUUGAUAGAUCCUAACUUUCAGAUGACAUGAGAUCUGUACUGUAUUUAUGUUUUCAUAAAACUGUUUAUCAUGAUGAUUUUAUAUGACAAGAGCUUAUUUUUCCUUUAUUGAAUGAAUAAGAAUUAAAUUCAGGUCACUUGCAGGUCUUGUUCGUAUCAAUGAAUUAUUUAUUACCGAAUAAGACACUGAAUAAUGCCACUAGUGAACUGAAAGCUGAUUGAGCCUUUUUUUUUUUUACAUUUUUUUCUAUACUUAAAGUAUCAGCUGGAUUUUUGUCACAUUAAAUUCACUUGAAUUCUU